ACACCCAUGUGGUCACUGCCCCUUUAAGAGUUACGAAACGAAGUGGACGGCGCAGAGUUUUGAGCGUCAUUCGGAGGAUUUCUUUUAUUGACACUCGCCGGCCGCCUUAUUUACCGAGAGUGCUAUUUUCGUCCUACGGAUUGUCUGCUUUCGCCCCGGAGCCGGUUUUAUUGCGUCGGCCAUAACGAGUCUCUCUCGGGUCGGUCUAUUCCCUGUGAAGAUGGCGGCGAUGUGCCUGAGGCGGAGCGGGGCCUGGGCUCAGUGGCGGGCUCUCCGUCUCCAGUGCUCUCGCAGUUCACAGACAGCGGCAGCUACUGCACCUGCAGCACAAGUAGCAUCUCGAAUUAAAAAGUUUGCAAUUUAUAGAUGGAAUCCAGAUAAGCCUGGUGACAAGCCUCGGAUGCAAACCUAUGAAAUUGAUCUAAAUGCAUGUGGUCCGAUGGUACUAGAUGCUCUUAUCAAGAUCAAGAAUGAAGUGGACUCCACACUGACCUUCCGAAGAUCUUGCAGAGAAGGAAUAUGUGGUUCCUGUGCCAUGAACAUCAAUGGCAGCAAUACGUUGGCCUGCACCUGCAAAAUCGAUAGCAAUCUUGGCAAAGUAACAAAGAUCUACCCGCUACCUCACAUGUACGUGGUGAAGGAUCUUGUUCCAGACCUGAGUAACUUCUACGCUCAGUAUAAGUCAAUUGAACCAUACCUGAAGAGAAAGGAUGAAUCUCAAGGAGGCAAGGAGCAGUACCUGCAAUCAAUUGAGGACAGACAGAAACUGGAUGGUCUCUAUGAGUGCAUCCUCUGUGCCUGUUGCAGUACCAGCUGUCCUAGUUACUGGUGGAAUGGAGAUAAAUACUUGGGACCUGCUGUCCUGAUGCAGGCAUAUCGUUGGAUGAUUGACUCCAGAGAUGAGUUCACAGAAGAGCGGUUAGCUCAACUUCAAGAUCCUUUCUCUCUCUAUCGCUGCCAUACCAUUAUGAACUGCACAAGGACCUGUCCAAAGGGUCUAAAUCCAGGUCUAGCAAUUGCUGAGAUUAAGAAGAUGAUGGCAACAUAUAAAGCCAAGGCUGCAACUGCAUAGUCAAACAUAUCUGAAUUUAUCUAUUGUAAAAGUAUUGUAAAACCUUGCAGUUUGUUCCAGGUAUGGAAUACAAUAAAUCAUUUUUUUGCUGUGUAA